GUCGUGUCAGAGUCAGAGAUUCAGAUCUAUAAGUGAACAUCCAAAGAGUUAAAUAUAAACCAUGUUAUAGAGCCCCCUAAACCCUAGUAAACCCUCUUUUAAAGGCUCAUCUCUUACUAACUCGCCGGCAUAACAAAAUACUAAAAAAAAACUUACAAGACAAUGUCGGAGGGGGAGGAUGAGAUCACGAGGGUCUUCAAGGUACGUCGCACGGUCUUGCAGAUGCUGAAGGACAGAGGCUACAACAUAGAAGAAUCUGACAUAGAGUUGAAAAGAGAAGACUUCGUUCAAAACUUUUGCAAAGCUAUGAACAAAGUCAACAAGGAAGCUCUAUUCGUGACAACCGACAAGGGACCAAAUCCAGAUGACAAGAUAUACGUGUUCUACCCGGAAGGUCCUAAAGUGGGAGUCCCAAUCAUUAAAAAAGACGUGGUGAUGAAGAUGAGAGACGAUAAAGUCAAUCGAGGGAUCAUAGUUGUUCCACAGCCCAUAACCGGUGCAGCCAAGAACGCUAUUAUAGAGCUCAACAAGAUUUUAACUAUUGAAGUCUUUGAGGAAGCUGAGUUGGUGACUAAUAUCACCGAGCAUAAACUUAUCAACAAGUACUAUGUACUUGACAAUCAAGCUAAGAAGGAACUGCUUCAAAAGUACACGGUGCAAGACACGCAGCUUCCUCGUAUCCUUGUCUCUGAUCCUGUUGCUAGAUAUUAUGGACUCAAGAGAGGACAAGUUGUUAAGAUUAGACGGAGUGAUGCUACUUCUUUGGACUAUUAUACCUAUCGAUAUGCUAUAUGCAAUUCCACUUGUCUCGGUCGUAUUUGAGACGGACUGCUCAGAUCUAGUAGACUACAAAUCCGGUGGACUGGUCAGUCUUCGUUUCAGAGAUUAAUUCUUUUCAAAGUCCACAGGAGCAGGAAUGUCAGUGCGGACUCACCAACAAAGAAGGUUAUGAUCAGCUGCUUAUUAUUUUCCCAUUUAAAUCAAAUAUGGUCAGAUGGAGGUGCUCU